GGUCCUAUGGACUGGUCAUGUUUCAUCUUGCAUGUUCCACUUGCCUGUUCACUAUGGGGCACUCCUGGAGCAGAGGGAUGAAGGAUGGCAGGGGCUGCUCUGUGCUGGGUGCCCCCCACCCAAAGGCUGCUCCCUGGGACACUGCCACCCUGCAUCCUGCCCGCAGGGAGCCUGCGCUUCACCUCGCAUUGCACUGGCUUGCUGUGGAGUCUCGUGCACGGGCGCUAAGGGGCACGAUGAACAUCGAAGUGCACAACAUCACUUACACCAGUGCCACCGUCUCCUGGGCCAUGAACAACCCCUGUCCAGAGAACUACUACCACAUCAUGUACCGCCCCAACUGGAACAGUGUCUUCGCCGGCUAUUUACGCCAAAACUUCCACCGCGAGGAGCGAGUUCCUCACCCCCUCAGCUCCCUCAUCCUCCACCGACUCACACCAUCCACCAUCUAUGUCCUCUGCAUCACAUGCAAGAACUCUUACCCCUCCGGCAACCACUGCACCACCUUCCACACUCUGGACAAAACCCCCCUGGUUUUCGGCGGCUCUAAGCACGAACCUACCACCUCCAUGUGGAUGGUGAGCAGCCUGCUGCUCCUCUGCUUCAUCGCUCUCCUGGCCUAUGGCUGCCUGCAGUUCUGGUCUGCACGGUGCCACCGGGCUGCGAGGCUGAAGCAUCCCAACACCAGCCCUGAAGAACUGGGUGAAGGGAGCAGCUCACCAGAGGGGCCACUGAACGACGGACUGAGAGAGGAGCUUCUGGAAGUCCCCAUGACCACUGUGUUAAUGAGGAGCUCCACUUUCAUGAGGGAGAGUCCGUAUAACUCCCCCCACUGCUUUUUUUCCUAUAAAAACAGCGAUGAUAAAACGGCCAUCUUGCCGCAGCACAGCCUUCAAUGA